UCCCUGUGUUACCCAGCACAAGUCAUUUAUCAAAAAAUUAGUUUUUCAUUUUUACAAGUCCUUUGCCGUGGGCCACAUAGCCCGAUCCCCAGCUAAACCAACAAAAGUGACCAGCAACGCGCGCCGAUUGCGUCCGGGUGGCAACUCCGCAGAACAUUGCCGAGCUGCGAAAGUGUGCAAAAGCAAAACGAAGAGAACGCAGCGCAGCCGAAAAAAAAUUGAAGCAGCACUGCACGCGAUAUAUUUUGUAUUUUCAAAGGUUAAAGCCGCAUUCAAAGGCAUCCGCCGAGCGCAAACGAAGUGCAAAAGUGCCGGCCAGCCGCAACAUUUAAAAAGCAGCCGCAAAGCAAAAGACUGAUUUGAUUACAAGGAAUUAAGAGCAGGAACGCGAGGAUUCUGCCACUGCACACUGAAUUGUGGGAAGCCCCAGAUAACACGGCAAACUGCAGUCGACGGGGAAAAGUAGGGAGUUGAAGGCUGGGCAGCAGCAGCAGGAGGGACGGACGGCGAAGAACCACCAGAUUCAGAAUCAGGAAUCCAGAGGCCACAACCAAAACAAAGCGGAGAAACCAGGAGGCACUGCGUCCGGCAACAUGGAAGAUCUUCUCGUGGAAGUUCGGCUCGACAAUGGCGCCUACUACAAGGGCCAGGUGACAUCUGUCGGCGAUGAUGGCAUCUUUGUGGAUGUGGACGGUGUGCCCGAGGUGAUGAAAUAUCCAUUUGUGAACGUCCGCCUGCCGCCCGAGGAAACCGUGGAGGUGGCCGCUCCGAUCUUCGAGGAGGGCAUGGAGGUGGAGGUCUUCACGCGCACGAAUGAGCGCGAAACCUGCGGCUGGUGGGUGGCCAUCAUCAAAAUGCUCAAAGCGGACAUCUGCGCGGUCGCGUACAUCGGCUUCGAGACGCCCUACACCGAAAUCUGCGAACUGGGCCGCCUGCGCGCCAAGAACUCGAAUCCGCCAAUUACAGCCAAGUCCUUCUACCAGUUCACGCUGCCCGUUCCCGAGGAGUUGCGCGAAGAAGCCCAGAAGGAUGGCAUACACAAGGAGUUUCAGCGCACAAUCGAUGCCGGCGUCUGCAACUACAAUCGCGAUCUGGACGCCCUGAUCGUCAUCUCCAAGUGGGAGCACACUCAGAAGCGCGCUAGUAUGCUCAAGGAUAUGCAUUUUCGUAAUCUCUCACAGAAGGUUAUGCUGUUGAAAAGGACUGAAGAAGCUGCCCGUCAGCUCGAAACGACUAAACUGAUGAGCCGUGGAAACUACGUCGAGGAGUUCCGUGUGCGUGACGAUCUCAUGGGCCUGGCCAUCGGCUCGCAUGGCUCGAAUAUUCAAGCGGCACGCACGCUGGUCGGCGUCACCAACAUCGAGCUGGAGGAGAAGUCCUGCACAUUUAAGAUCAGCGGCGAGACCGAGGAGUCUGUGCAGCGUGCCCGCGCCAUGCUCGAAUACGCCGAGGAGUUCUUCCAGGUGCCCAGGGAGCUGGUGGGCAAGGUGAUCGGCAAGAAUGGCCGCAUUAUCCAGGAAAUUGUGGACAAGAGUGGCGUGUUUCGAAUCAAGGUGAGUGCUAUCGCUGGCGACGACGAGCAGGAUCAGAACAUCCCACGCGAGCUGGCGCAUGUACCCUUUGUGUUCAUUGGCACCGUGGAGAGCAUUGCGAAUGCCAAAGUGCUGUUGGAGUAUCAUCUGUCGCAUCUGAAGGAAGUGGAACAGCUGCGCCAGGAGAAGCUGGAGAUCGAUCAGCAGCUUCGCGCCAUCCAGGAAUCCUCCAUGGGCUCCACACAGAGCUUCCCAGUGACGCGGCGCUCGGAGCGCGGCUACAGCAGCGACAUCGAGUCCGUGCGCUCCAUGCGUGGCGGCGGAGGCGGCCAGCGUGGCCGUGGGCGCGGACGUGGCGGCGGUGGUCCUGGCGGCGGCAACGGGCUGAACCAGCGCUACCACAACAAUCGCCGCGACGAGGAUGACUACAACUCGCGGGGUGACCAUCAGCGCGACCAGCAGCGUGGCUACAACGAUCGCGGCAAUGGCGACAACACCGGCAACUAUCGCGGCGGCGGUGGAGGAGCUGGUGGCCCAGGCGGUGCCGGCAACAACAGGCGCGGCGGAGUCAACCGCCGGCCGCCACGCAACGAGCAGCAGAACCAGAACGGCAGGGACUAUCAGCUCCACAACCACACCGCCGAGGAGGUGCGGGAGACCCGCGAAGUGAGCAGCGUGGAGAGAGCGGACAGUAACUCAUCCUACGAGGGAAGCUCGCGGAGGCGCAGAAGGCAGAAGAACAACAAUGGACCCAGUAACACAAAUGGAGCGGUGGCCAACAACAACAACAAACCCCAGUCGGCGCAGCAGCCACCACAGCAGCAGCAGCAGCAACAACAGCAACAGCAGCCGCCGGCGCCUGUGAACAAGGCGGCACUGAAUGCCGGAGAUGCCAGCAAACAGAACAGCGGCAAUGCGAACGCCGCUGGCGGUGCGAGCAAGCCGAAGGACGCCUCACGCAACGGCGACAAGCAGCAGGCGGGCACACAGCAGCCACAGCAGCAGCAGCAACAGGCAUCGCAGGUGCAGCAGCAACAGCAGGCGCCACAGCAGCAGCAGCAGCCGAAACCGCGACGCAACAACAAGAAUCGCAGCAACAACCACACAGACCAGCCAUCCGGACAGCAGCAGCUGACGGAGAAUGUCAAGAAGGAGGGCCUGGUCAAUGGCACGUCCUAAGCCCAACGGGCCAAGCGGUAGCAGCAGCACCAGCAGCAACAACCAACAACCAACAACAGAUGGGAUGAACAACAUGAACACAAAUUGCACAUCGUUCAACGGAGUAACAAUGUUGUAUGCGCAGCGGGGGCAGUUUAAUAUUCAUGUUGAUGAUGUCGUUGAAUAUAGCCGCCACAUAACACAACAACAACAAACACCAACCACAACAACAUCAACACAUCCGAGCAACAACAGACACUAAAACAACAUCUUCAGCCAAGAACAGCAGCCACUAACAACUUGUUUGAGAAACUAUAUGAGUAACUAAAAAAAGGAAACGAAAAAUUAAAAUACAUGAAAUAUGUAACAAAUGUAAAAGCAUAUACUAACACCCACAAGGAUACACUCAUAAACACACACACACACACACACAGUUCGAAUUAUACACAAAAAGAAAAAAAGAAUAAAAGAAAAUUCAUGCCUAGGCUUAUAAUUUGAAUUGAAACUAAAAAGCUUCAAUAACAAUCAAAAUGAAUUAUAUUUAUGUAUAAAACAAAUUCAAAGGCAAUUAUUAACAAGCAAAACGAACGAAUCGAAAGGGAAACAUUGAAUAUGUAAACUAAAACUAAAACUUUAAUUCUAAUCCCGGCAAUUAGCGUAGUUUUUCGAAAAGAAAAUCUAAAGAAAACCUGGCGAAACGGGCGCUUCUAAAGCGCCCCUUGCGUCGACUUGAAAAGUUUCUAGUUAUAUGCAUAUUAUAAUAAAACGAGAAUAAUAUAAUUGCAUUUUUUGUUUUGGUUAAAUUAAUUUUAAUUGAGUCUGUCAUGUGUUUUGUGUAUAAUUCGUGCAUGCAACAACUUAAUGGCCUAGCAGGUUUUUCAAUUUAACCAUCAUUUUUGUAUUAUUAUUGUUUAGUUUACCAUUGUAAAUGCCAGGGCGCGUUUAGAAGUUGCUUAUAAAAUUCAACAAAGUAAA